CCGGUGACCACGGCCACGGAUCGACUGGGGCGUGGUUUGGGUGGUUUUCGUCGCUGUGACCGAGCCAAUGCGCAGCGUUGGACCGGGGUCUGCGUGAAGAGUGGCUCGCAUGGCUCAUGGCUCAUGGCCCAUGGACUGAUUAAGUUUCUCAUGGCAUUAGCUAGAUGACAGCAAAUUCUGCGCGGGUGCAAAAGGGUACAUAUUCGAGUUGUCGUGCAACCAUCCCGCUCUGGAUCUGAAGGACCUUCUUGGUACAAGGCUUGGUUGUUCUUGUUUUUGCUCGGCGCAGGCUUGAACAACAGACUCGGUCACUAACUACUGUGUGUCCUACCUUCUCUAUUACACUACUUCUAUCAGCCUCCAUCAUGUCCGACUCCGGGUCCGACUUUGGUCCGCAGACCUUCAACGCCAGCAAUGUCGACCUCACGACCGCUGACCCGCGCGAUGUCAUCUGCGCGAUGGCGGAGAACGGCAACGACUACAACGGACACAUGGGAGCACGUAUCUCUGCACUGUUUGUGAUCUUGAUUGUGUCGUCGGCCGCGACCUUCUUCCCUGUCAUAGCCAAAAGAUUUCCCCGCCUCCACAUCCCGCUGUACGUGUAUCUGUUUGCACGAUACUUUGGGUCCGGGGUGAUUGUGGCGACGGCGUUUAUCCAUCUGCUGGAUCCGGCGUACGACGAGAUCGGCCCCGCGAGCUGCGUGGGCAUGACGGGCGCAUGGGCUGACUACGCGUGGUGUCCGGCGAUUGUUUUGGCGUCAGUCAUGUUGAUUUUCCUCAUGGACUUUGGCGCCGAGCGCUUCGUCGAGGUUAAAUAUGGCAUUGCGAGCGAGGCCGACAUCCAGGGCGCUGUCACUGGUCAGCCCGACAUUGACCUGGCCAACCCGACUCCUGCCCAACAGGCCCGCGCCGCCAAUCUGGCCGAGACCCGUCUCGAGCACAACGGCAACCAGCCGCACGAGCACCGCAACGGCUCAGUAAGCGUCCCUACCGUCGCCCAGGCGGCCGCGUACGAGAAGAAGUUCAAGGAGGACUGGUCUGAGGACGAGCUCGACUCCGAAGCCCGCAAGUCCUCGUUCCGUCAGCAGAUCGCUGCCUUCCUCAUCCUCGAGUUCGGCGUCAUCUUCCACUCUGUCGUCAUUGGUCUCAACUUGGGCGUCGUGGGUGACGAGUUCAGCACUUUGUAUCCUGUCCUGGUCUUCCAUCAGUCCUUCGAGGGUCUCGGUAUCGGCGCCAGAAUGUCUUCUAUCCCUUUUGCGCCAGGUAGUUGGCUGCCUUGGCUGCUGUGCGCCGCUUACGGUCUGACCACUCCAAUCGCCAUCGCCAUCGGUCUCGGUGUCCGUACCACCUACAACCCCAACUCGUACACUGCCAACGUCGUCUCUGGUGUCCUUGAUGCCCUCUCCGCCGGUAUCUUGAUCUACACUGGUUUGGUCGAGCUGUUGGCCCGUGACUUCCUGUUCAACCCGCUCCGCACAAAGGAUAACAAGAGACUGCUCUUCAUGGUUGUCAAUGUCUUGUUGGGCGCCGGUCUCAUGGCCCUGCUGGGUAAAUGGGCUUAAAGAAAACAAAACAAGAAACAGACAAAUAUCCAUGGCGAAAGAAGAAAGACUGGGGAUCUGGGUACCAAACAAGCCAUCAAGAACUCCAAAAAGGUCUCGGGAAUUUCAAAUGGCCAGGUCAAGGUCCUUCUACGCCAAACGUCGUCAACGACGAUGGCGGCUACUUUACAAGAAAAAGACAAAAAGAUCCAACGAUUUAAUUUCCCGCCAGCAACAAUCGGACUGCACAGUUCUGUCGACCGUGCUGGACCUCGUGCUUGCGUGUCUCGUGGCGCGACAUACACUGCAUGGGUACCAAGUUUGACAGCGGUGGUGUCGUCAGGUUCACGUUGCUGGCUUUCUCUUGUACAUGUAAUAGACUCUUGCUGGCUUAGCCAGUCCAUAAUACCACCAGAUUGCAAAUAACAAGCCCUUUAUUUCUCAUCUUCUCAGUA